AUGAGUGUCCAGCAGGGUCUGGGUAGCUCCCGUCUCCCCGUCUCACCUCCCAAUGUCAGGGUUAGAGGUAGGAAGAGUGCCCAGCAGGGUCUAGGAACCUCCCGUCUCCCCGUCUUCUCCUCCCAAUGUAGGAAGAGUGCCCAGCAGGGUCUAGGAACCUCCCGUCUCCCCGUCUUCUCCUCCCAAUGUAGGAAGAGUGCCCAGCAGGGUCUAGGAACCUCCCGUCUCCCCGUCUUCUCCUCCCAGGAGAAGAGUUACAUCAAGGGCACCUGUGACUUCCUGGGUAUUGGCCACUUCACCACGCGCUAUAUCACCCAGAAGAACUACCCGUCUGGCCGUGGGAACAGCUACUUCACCGACCGUGACCUGGUGGAGUUGGUGGACCCUCGCUGGCCCGACCCCGGCUCAGAGUGGCUCUACUCUGUCCCCUGGGGAUUCAGACGCCUGCUCAACUUCGUCAAGACCCAGUAUGGGAACCCCAUGAUCUACGUGACAGAGAACGGGGUGUCAGAGAAGGUGCAGAGGUGCACAGACCUGUGUGAUGAUUGGAGGAUGCAGUACUUCAAGGAUUACAUCAAUGAGAUGCUCAAGGCCCUUAAGGACGGCGUGAACGUGAAGGGUUACACAGCCUGGUCGCUGCUGGACAAGUUUGAGUGGGACGAAGGCUUCUCUGAGAGGUUUGGCCUGUUCUACGUGGACUUCCUCAACAAGAAUAAACCACGUUACCCAAAAGCCUCUGUUCAGUACUACAAACGCAUCAUCAGCUCGAAUGGAUUCCCCAACCAGAGAGAGGUGGAGAGCUGGAGAAGGAAAGCCACAGAGACGUGCUCCUCCAGUAACCAGCUUCUAGCAGCAGAUCCGUUGACCAGCCACAUGGAGAUGGUAACAGAGAUCGUGGUUCCGACAGUGUGUACUCUCUGUAUUCUCCUGGCCGCUGUCUUCCUCAUGUUCCUGCUGCGUGGACGCUUCUAG